AUUGUUUUUGUUGUGAGUAUGUAGUGUGCGCUGUCAUGUCAGCUGAGUGAUUAUUGAGUUGAGCAAUGGUGGUGUUUUUACAUUUUCGAGAACUAAAAUUAUAAACAGCCAAUCUUACUCGUGUAAUUUUGCUUAACGUGUUCAUAAUCUGUUUAAAGUGAUGAAUAGAAAUACGUGUUAAUGGAUUCUGUUUGAAUGCUUAGCAAUGCUCUAAGGAGUAUUUGCGAGAUUUCUGGACUGCAGUCCAUGGAUACACAAGACAGAUGCAAGCAAUAGUUACACAAAGGUGUAUUAUAAUUUAGCUGUGAAGGUAUAUUAUAUACUGCCACCAUGCUGUAUGUUUUCCAUGUGGACGCUGGUCAAAUGACCACGUAUGACAUGAGCCUCACAUUACAGAACGUGUCUACUUUAAAACUAGCAAUAGAGAGAAAAUCUAAAGUGUCAGCGAACUCGCUGGUGCUCCUAGUGAGUGGGGGCGAAGUACUACAGGCAGACCACAUGGUGUCCUCUUACAGUGCUGGCACAGACACUAAUCCUAUUUACAUGUUUAGUAAACCGUCUGUCAAGGAUAGCCAUUUGAAACAGUCCAUGUGCGAUUUAAGCCCUAUAGUGGAGCUAAGUACUGGUGAGUUUUCAAGUGAGUUCCGAAGUGCUUUCGAUGGUAAAUCGGUGGCGGAGCUGAAGGCUGCGGUGGAGAAGUGUUGCGCGCUGCAGCCCAACGUAUACACUGUGAUAUCUUGCGCGUCGCUCGCGCAGCAGUUCAGUGACCUCGCGCUCGAGGUGUCCAGCAGUUGUGAGCAGCUCGUGCAUGAACAGCAUCUGCAACACCAAGGCUGGGCGGCCGUGGUAGCGAACUUGGAAGACAUAUUCAACGAAUUCUGUGAGAGAUCACGAAAUUUUAAGGAGUCCUUCAGAAAACAUCGACUAAAAAAGGAAGAAUAUCAUGAAAAGUUAGCAGGGCUCAACGAAGUUUUAGAAUCUCUAGGCAAGAUCCCCAUAUUGCCGGCACUCCAAUUAAACGCGGAGGCUCACAGGUUUUCGGCCUUUGAUGUGUUCGAAGAUACAGAUUUCGAGGGCCCUCACUACAGGAUUACACAUCCGUUGGACAACAGCUCAGAGAAUAAAGCCUGUCAAGAUUUUGGCGUCGAAGCGUUUAAGUUGUCCGACGAGGAUGUGUUCGACCAAAAACUAUCGACAGGCAACGAACCUUCGACCUCCUCAGACCCAGUACCCCUCGUCGAGGAGUCUGAUGAUGGAGUCACGUUCAAGGCGCAGUCCUACGAGAGUAAGGAAGAACCCUCCUUGCUGCACUGGAUACUGGCACAGGGGAACAAAGCCUCCUUGCAAGAUAUAUUGGAUUACUGUCAGAAGGGACUGGCUCUGCUUGAUGCAGACCCCUUAAAAGAGAGAGAAGCAGAACUAUACCACAUUUUGGAGUAUGCCAACAUGCAUGGUCUAAAACACAUCAAGGGCAUAGAAGAACGUCUGUACGGGCUUGACCAGCUCUUGAAUGAUGUGAAGAAGUUGGAGAGGGAUCAACGCGAUCAGGCUGCUUCUCUUAUACAGUGUCGAGAACGUCUAAACACGGCAUGUGAUCCAUCCGUCCUGCCGACCCUAGUGCAGUCACACUGGUGUCAGCUGAAGAAGUUGUUGAAGGGACAUCAGCAGCUUAUCGACAUUAGGAGACGGAUUGCCAAGUCGAAAGAUGAGCUUUCACACAUACUGAAGGCGCGGUUGGAGGCAGUCCUAAUGAUCGAGAACUCGAUGUCGGUGCAGGACGCGCACGCGAUGCUAUCGUUCCAGUGCUUCAACCGUCUGUCGCGGUACUUCGGCAUCGUGGCGCAGCUGCACCAAGCGCCGCAGGUCUUCGUCAGGGCUGUGCACGAGGUGUCUAGGAGACGGACCUUCUCUCAGGCACAUCUGAAGUGGGCGACAGAUCUCGCGGAGAAAUUGCUCAAAAUACACGACGAGGAAAUCAGCAGGCGGCAGGAAUUCAACACGGUAUUCGAAGGUCAUUUCCUACGCAGCUUAUUCCCGGGUAUGACGGAGCUACCACCAGCAUUCGCGACUCAGGGACCCCCGACCUUCGAUGCUAGUCUGCCGAAGCUGACUGACGCAGACGUAGCUUAUAUAGCUAACGCGUUCCCGGACCUGAGUAAAGAUAUACCCAACUACGAUAUGGAGUCCACUGUACAGUUCUUUCAACAAAGAAUACGGGCUUCAGAACAUGAGAGUAAAGAUAUUGACAUUCAAGUGGAUAUGGACAAAGACUUUGACUCCGUAACGGAAACCGGCGACUUCGAAAAGCUAGGUGGCCAGAGUUCGACACAAAAACAGAAAAUCGACAUCUCCACGCUAUGCGUUCCCGAAACUAUGGCCGUGUCGACGGUAACCGAGGAUAAUAUGGACACACAUAAGAUAAACAUGGAGAAACUGCAAGAAUUUUUAAUAAAAGUUUAUUCCGUGUGUAAAGUGAAUAUUGUAUUUAUUGUAGAAGAGUUAUCGAAGUUGAAAGAAGAAGUAAAAGAACAGCAGAAGUUUAUGACGAGUAAAUAUUUAGAGAUAUUGGAAGCUUGGGAGAAGAGUAAUGUUGAGUGUGCGUUGAGGUUCCGUGAGGAGACGCAGAGGCUCACGGUGGACCAUGAGCUAGAACUUAGUGAUAUGAAGGCAGCUCUUAAUGAGAAAGACGAAGUUAUUACGUCACUUAAAACGGAAACGGAAAAUAUUAAAAACGCACACCAAAAAGAAAUAGAGAGGUUAGAACAAGAACAUCAGGAGACGAAGGACUUGUUAGAGAAGACAAGAGAAGAAAUACAAGGAUUCGAGAAGAAGUUAGAAGAUAUUGAGGCACAGAAACAAAAGGAGAUCAAAGAGUUGCAAGAGAAAAUGCAUAUGGAUUACAAAGCAGAAAUCGAGUCUUUGCGGUCAAGGUUCCGUUUGGUAGCACUAACGAAUAUGGACCGAUCGCCUUCCGAAUCGAGUCUCGAAAAAAUCGAGCGCGCUGACGUUAUCGAGAUAUCGAGUCAUACAGCCAUAGUGAUGCAGACUAAAGAAAAUGCUGAGGUGGAAAAAGAAGAGGCAGUAAGAGAAGCAGUGGCUAAAGUGGAAGCUGAGUGGAAGCUUAAACUGGAAGCCGAAGUCGCUGCUAUCACGUCCAAGUAUGACUCGGAGAAACAGUUGGCUUCCCUAGAAAACGAGAAUUCAGUUUUGAAGCAACAAGUAAAGGAUUUGAAAAAGGAACUGGAAAAGAAAGCCGAAGAAGAUAAAAGCAGAGAAGAUGAUAGUGAUGGCAGAUCGUCUCCCAAGAAGGAUGACAGCAAGAAGUCCCGCAGCCGCUGUCACACGCCGUUCGGUCUGUCGGCGGGCACACUGUCGCUGUCAUCAUGUCUACCCGGGCAUACUGUGCUCGUCAUGUGGGAUCCGGCACAUCUUAACUAUACCGUGCUGCAGGAAGCAUCAAUAAUGUACUUCGUGAACAGCGACUGCCUGCCGGCACUAGACCUCAGCAUACAAGUCAAGAACGAAAGCGAGAGGCGAUUGUACGCCGUCGCCACCGUCGAGUCUAAAGAGUAUUGUUAUGCUAAGAAGAGCGGCAACCGCUACGGCAUGCCUCGCAGCUCGCGGUUCUACCGCGUGCGCGUGCGGCCGCUCCGCGCGCCCGCGCCGCCGCACCCGCCCUGCUGCGAGCACAGGCACCGCGCCGAUGCGAUGAAGGGCGGCGUGCUGCCGGUGUUCGGUGACACGCGCCUGCUCAAGAAAUGGUUGACCUACAUGCAUGCCCCAGACCCUCAGAAGUCAGUGGACACGAGUCAGUCGACCAGCUCAGCGACAGAAGAGAGUGGAAGAGCAGGGGAAGUGGCGACAGCGACUCUCAUCAACUUGGAGUCGCCGGUGUCAUGCAGCGACCCUGUGUCGGCGGCCUCCGUGCCUGCGCCGAGUGAAGACCAGCUGGAUUCCAUCGAAGCCAGUGACCAGUGGCAGAAUGCUAAGAUGCAUCUCUCUACUAUUAGCGCUGUUACGGACAUGGAGUGCAGCGUGGGCAGAUGCGCGGGCGCAGAGCCGCUGGAGCUGACGGGCAGCGCGGUGGGCGUGGUGCGCGGCGACCCCGCCCCCUCCGAGCUGGCGGAGGAGGCGGAGCCCUGACCCCCCGCGCCCAGCCCCGCCCACACCUAGUACCCACGCCAUACUCCGUCAUACUCUGUGUACUCGCCCGGCACGAGCCGGUACAAACGCUUGAGGCUAGCGUGAACGCGAAACGUGCACAAACAACGCUUAUCACCGUCAGACAGUAUGGCAGACAUCCAUAAAGACUUUCGUCUCAUUACAACGAGUGAAAUGAUGGAAAGAGUAAAUGCUCUCCAUUAAAUGUCUCGCUCUACAGCGGGCUUUAAGUGGGACUCGUGGAAUGAUAGCACGCUGUAAUCCGACGCAGUUCUGACACGUGGUCAACGUCAAUCAUGUGGCUGGCUUCAGGCAGGCCAAGUUCUUAUACGUGAAUGAUGCUAGUGAUGUAGCAGUUGCCUAAGCCUGGUAGCCACAGCUUGUAUGCCGCGUCGUCGGACAGUAUCGGAGGCCGCGAGUCCGCGACGUCUCAAUGUUUCCCUCUCUCUCCUAUAUUCUAUGUGUACUUAGAAUAUAACGUAGAAAUUACCGUGUCCGGUUCCCUUCAAGUUCGUAUCUCAAUUAGGCAGUGAUUUCUUCUCAAUAGUACAAAUUUGUUUAGUCGUGUAAAGCUUUACGUGAUCUUAUGUUGCGAAUGUAUUCGUAUUUUUUAUAUUUCUUAUCGCUACGUUGUGUUGUGUUAUAUUUUAGUUCCUUUACUCCAUUAUUUCAGAUAGAUCAUUUAUUUUCUUAUUGAAUACCAAACUAUGUUAGCUGUUUACUGUAGUAUAGUGCUAUUGGUGAUUAUGCAAGUUAUAUUCUAGCACAAAAAUUAAUAUAUGUGGUAUUGCUAACUUGAUUUCAGACUCGGCGCUUUGUUCACAAAUCGACAAAGUGCAGCAUACGUCUUAUAGUUAGAUACGUGUCUAAUAUGGUUAGAGUCACAUUCUCCUUAAGAUUCUCCUACCUUUAUAAGUACUAUCUUGAUAACUAAGUCAUAGUGAUUAUUUAGUAGGACAGUCGUUCCUCUUAGGAAUUCUUCUUACAAUUUGUCGAUAGGCUUCAGCAAUGUUAAUGCUUUAACACUCGAUCUCGCCCCUAUUUGACUCUGAACCCUUACCGAAUUCACACUGUAGCUUAGAUACUUAUAUUUAUAGUUUCGCUAGAGUGAAGUGAUCACUCGAGCUGACAGUGAUUCGUUUGUCCCGCACUCCGGUGGGAGGAAGAGAGAAUUAAAAUAAAAUUAUGAAUAGCGAGGCACAGACACUUGCGUCCGAAUAUUGUUUUAGCCUUUCUAACACUAAACUAGAUUCGUUCGAAGCGCAAAUUAUGGUGUUAUAUUGUAAAAUAAGAGAACAUGCUUCACAUUAAAUUUGUUUGUGGCCUUAUUAUAAGUGGCGCCCAACGUGGGGCUACAGGUGUCUCCGACCCAUCGCGUGGCACUGCGCCAGUGCUGCACUAGUGCCCGGUUUCUUUAACCAAAGAAAGUUUGAAACCGGUAUAAACCGGUGAGCACCGGGUAGUGCCCGGGUGGGGCGGGGACGCCGCGCGGCGGAUAGCCGGUUGCUGUGAUAGUGCGUGCUGUGCUCUCCUCUCCCUGCGAGCGGUUACCGGCACAACUGCACGAAGCUCUGUAAUUAAUGAGUUAGGGGCCUAUUAUUAAGUGUAAAAUUAAUUCUAAAAAUUAGCUGUACGUUCACUUGUGCCGGUAAAACCGCUCGAACAUAAAUCGGCUCCAUUAGCAAUAUUCAGAAUUUAAAGAAAUAUUUAUGACCACGUUACGGUUUUCUUUUCAAAUAUAGUAUUUAGUGUAAACAUUCAUAUCAAUGAAAUAAUUUUCCGUUACAUAGAUUCUCAAUAUUUACUGUAAUAAGUUGUUGAGACUGCAGGAGAUUGUUGUGGUCGACUAGUUCCCGAGCCUUGCAAUACGCGGGUGUGGGUCCCGCUUCAGUCAAUCAUGUGCAAUACCGACCCGGCUAUUGCAAGGCGCUGCAAUAUUAACGCAAUCGUUUGUAAAUAAUUGUUUGAGAUAUCGUUAUAGGUACCCAUAAUUGUGUCGAAUUUAAAUAAGUUAUGAUAUUUCGGUAUCAGCCAAAAUUCGUGAUGGAAGGACGGUAAUCGGUUUAUGAAAUUGAGGACUGCUUGUGUUCGUUGUGAUGGAUCAGUGGGUAUUGUCGCGUAGUUAUGUUUGUGCUGGACACGAAUAAACUCAUUUGCAAUGAAUUAGGUUUGGGUUGCGGACUGUGUCGUCAAAAUUAUGGUGUCGUGUAACGUGUCAUUAUGAAGGUUUUUGGAAUGUUCUGCAAAUGCAUACUAAAAUCGUGCGAUCGCUUAAUGGACUAUUUUGUAGUGACCAAUUUUAUUGUUAGAAAUUAAAAAUGUAAAAUUGACAAUUUUAAUGUAAUUUUUAUAUACAAUAAAUAGACCAUUUUAUACAAA